AAAUCAAAGAAAAUUAAAAACAUACAAAAAAAAUUUAGAAACAAAUCCAUAGAUUAACUUUUGCUUAGUGAAGAAGGGGAAAAAGUUAACCAGAUUAAAUUAAAAAAAAAUGGCGCAGCUGAAGAAAGAAACGGAAUCCGCCAUGAAAGAGACCACGAAGAGCUUCUACGGAGGCGGCGGAGGAGGAGAUUCUCCGGCGAAGGCGACGGCGUUCAAGUUCAAUGCCCAGGCGCCGGAGUUCGUGCCGCGAUCGCACAUGCCGGCGGCGGCGCAGGUUCCGGUCUCCGGCUACUUCUGUCCUUUCUUCCAGUACCUCGGCGGCGGCGGAGCUCCGGAUUCCGAUUGGGUCUUCGUCGGAGAUCUUUCUCAGCAUCACCUCCAGGAUCCGGCGGCGUUCUAUGUUUCGAAUCCGGCCGUGAAUCCGAAUCCUUCCUCCUCGUCGAAGAAUUCACCGUUGCUCUCCGACGAUCUCCGCCUAAAGAUCGUCAAACAGGUGGAAUAUCAGUUCACCGAUAUAAGCGUCUUAGCCAACGAAUCGAUCUCGAAGCAUAUAAGCAAAGAUCCCGAAGGCUACGUGCCGAUAUCUUACAUCGCCUCCACGAAGAAAAUCAAGGCUCUGACGAGUAACCACCACAUGGUUUCCAUUGCUCUCCGCUCGUCCUCAAAGCUUAUCUUGUCUGAGGACGGGAAGAAGGUGAAGCGUCGGAGCCCUUUCACCGAGAAAAACAGAGAAGAUUUGCAGUCUCGUACUGUUGUGGCCGAGAAUUUGCCAGACGAUCACUCUUACCAGAACCUUGAGAAGAUAUUCGGAGUAGUUGGAGCCGUCAAAGCGAUCCGAAUCUGCCAUCCCCAAGAAUUCAACUCCCCUCGUUCAAAAGGCGAUUUCCUUAUGAGCAACAAGAUUCAUGCCCUAAUCGAGUAUGACAAUACCGACAUCGCCGAGAAAGCGGUCGAGAAGCUUAACGACGAAAGGAACUGGAGGAAAGGGCUGAGAGUGAGGCUGCUUCUUAGAUGUUCGCCGAAAUCGGUGCUGAAGAGCCGAAGAUUGGAUUUUAACGAAAUUCUCGACGACGACGACGGAACUCCGACGUAUGAAUCAGGAGAAGAGUCGUCUCAGAACAAUCCGAGCGAUUCACUUUUGGAGAGCGAUAAAAACAGGGCGAAAGGGCGAGGAAGAGGGCGUGGACGAAUCCAGACAAGCUACGGGAGUGGACGAGGCAUCGGCCUCGGCCUCGGCCUCAUGUCGCCAACCUCUCAGUCGAGCAAUGGUGUUUUCCACCACGAAUCAUCGCCAAAAUCUGCUUCAAAGGGUCCGAGGAUGCCUGACGGAACACGAGGCUUCACCAUGGGGAGAGGCAAACCCUUUUCACCUAGCGGUUUCAUCUAAAAAAAUUAUCUACCUCCUCCUCCUCCUACUACUACUACUAUUAUUAUUAUUAAAAGCAGAGACGUCACCAAAUAAGAUGUGUUGAAGAAUUUAUGAGAAUAGUUUGAGACAUUUAGUGAUUUUAUGAUUAUAUAAUAUUGUAUCUGUUUUUUCUUUUUUCUUUUGAGAGUUAUUGAAUAAUGGAGGGUCAGAGUCUAUACCCUGAUGUAUUUG